UACUUCACAGACCCAGUGACGCCCAUUCAGUUUCAUUUCCCAAGAAAUAACAGCUGAUCCUCACCCUUCUGUUUAAGACACAGUUCAGUUUUAAGCUCUUCAUCCUGAGUGGAAUAAUGAGUCUGUUGACAGUCUUAGCGAUCGCAGCAGGGGCAGUUGCAGGAGUGGUCUCUCCUCCUAUUGUCCUGGGGGCUAUAGGUUUCACCUCAGCUGGAAUAGCAGCUGGUUCCUACGCUGCAAGCUGGAUGUCUGCAGCUGCUAUAGCCAAUGGAGGAGGAGUGGCAGCAGGAAGUGUGUUUUCUCUUUUACAGUCAGCAGGUAUGGCAGGUCUGUCUGGGAUCGCCUCCGCAGCGCUGGGCUUUGUUGGAGGGGCUGUUGGAGGAAUUGUUGUGUAUUUGGCUACUUUCAUUUGAGACCAAGAAAUCAAGAUAUUUAGAAAGAAAAUGAUAAUAAUAAUAAUAAAUGAUUUAUUUACUGCUGCCAAUUGGAAACAGUUGCAAUAGUAUCAGCUUCAUGCUUCAGUAAAGCUUGGCUGAAAUCUGAGUGAUGGUAAUUCUGUGGUGUUUUAUUACAAAACACAUGAACACGGUCAAAUUGUGCAACUGUGAAAAAGGCCCUAAAAAAAUAAUGAAAAGCAUUUUAAAGUUGUGUUCUGGUUAUUUUUUAUUACUGUGUUUAUAUUUUAUUAUUAUAUUUAUCUAUCUGUUAUCAGAAAAAACUAAGACAUGGAUCAUUAUUAUUAUCCAACUGAGUCCCAAAGCUGACAUACUUGCUUUCUAUAACUGGCAGAAAUAAAGCGAUCACCAAAGCUUGAAGUGAAGUCGGACACACUGAGUGUCGCACAUGAUACAAAUUCUACCUGUAAGCAUAAAUUAUUUGGAUUUUA